AUGAGUGACUCAUCAAACAUCACCUACACUGACGUCCUUAUCUGCGGCUCCGGAUCCGCCGGACUGACAGCAGCCCUGUGGCUUGCGAAAUACGGUGUCGCCUUCCGUGUCCUCGAGCGUCGCGAUGGGCCGCUGGCCAAGGGGCAGGCGGAUGGAGUCCAGUGCCGCACGGUCGAGAUAUUCGAGAGCUUCGGGCUGUCGGACCAGCUCCUCCGGGAGUCUUACCAUGUGCUCGAGCUGGCAUUCUGGGCGCCGGAUCAGGGCACGGAUUUGAGCGACGGCCAAAAGGGGGGCAUUAAGUGGUCUCAUUACGCCCCUGAUACGGAGCCAGGGUUGAGUCACCAGCCCCAUGUGAUUCUCAACCAGGCCCGUAUCAAUGAGAUGAUCACGAAGGAGAUGCUGCGGUGCGGCGGCGCUGAAAUCGACUAUGGGUACGACGUGAAGACGGUGCACGUCGACAGCAACACGGCGGAAGACCCGGAAUCAUACCCAGUGAUGGUCACAGCCCUGAAGAACGGAGUCGAGCAGGUGUUCCGAGCGAAGUAUGCCCUGGGCUGCGACGGGGCGCACUCCGCUGUCCGCAAGGCUCUGGGCUUCAAGAUGCUCGGCGAUUCUACCGACGCCAUCUGGGGCGUUAUGGACCUCUACCCCCGCCCGACGUUUCCCGAUAUCCGCAAGAAAGCCGUCAUACAAUCCGUCAGCGGCAACCUGAUCAUAAUCCCACGUGAAGGCGACUCCCUUGUCAGGUUUUACAUCGAGCUGCCACCGGAUACAGUCGCCAGCAAAGUCACAUUGGAAGAUCUGCAACAGCGGGUCAAGCUAAUAUUCAGGCCGUAUGAAAUGGACAUCGCAGAGACAACAUGGUGGUCCGCAUAUCAGAUCGGGCAGAGGCUUGCGGACAAUUUCCACGAGCAAUACCGAGUCUUUCUUACAGGGGAUGCCUGCCACACACACAGCCCAAAGGCAGGCCAGGGAAUGAACGUCAGCCUACAGGAUGGAUAUAAUAUCGGGUGGAAAUUAGGGUCCUAUCUCACCGGGCAUUCGACUGAGGAACUUGUCAAGACGUACGUCCAGGAGCGCCAACAGACGGCGGCAGAGCUGAUCGAGUUUGAUCGCAUGUGGAGCAAGAUCUUCAAGUCGGGAGCCAACGGAACUGGGGCAGACUACGUGCGCGAUCAGUUCGUGAAGGCUGGGAGAUAUACGGCUGGUCAGGCGUACAAAUAUGGCAGAGACCAGGAUAGUGUCAUCGAGUGUCUCCUCGUGCUCAAGACCAAAAGAACGGGGAUCGAGUUGGGACAUAUUCCGAAGGCCUUCAAGCCGAUUACAGGGAAACACAAAAUUCAAAGCCUGCACAAGGUAUUUGUGGAUGACGAGAGUUAUAAUUCGGGACACGGGCACGCGUUUGAUUCAAUCGGAGUCGAUCACGAAUCAGCCACAGUAAUUGUAGUCCGUCCUGAUCAGUAUAUCUCGACCAUCAUCCAAGAUGAGGACUUGGGCUCCCUUAACUCAUUCUUCAAAGGCUUCCUCAUCACCCAAGCUUAA